UUUUAUCUGGAAGCGAAGCUUUGUUCUGUCGUUUCACUCACAGAAACCACAAGACUGAUCUCAGACAUCGCAGAAACGAAAGAGAAAAAAAGAGACGAUGUCUGUGUCUCUGACCAACCCUUGUCUUCGAUUCCCCAAAGCUUCCGUUUCGUCAAGAACCCUAAAUUUCAAUAGAGUUCUUCCUCAGCAUCUCCAAAGGCCCCUUUUUUAUUCAUCCAGAUUAAGAUUUACACCAAACCCAUUUCAGAAUAACCGAAACCCAAGAUUCUUCAAGUGUUUGUCUCAGAAAGUAUCUGAUGAAACUAUAGAAAGACAAGAAGUAGUGGAACAAGAAGAAGAAAAAGGCGAGCUGGUCGAGUUCGAGAGGCUUUUCUCUAAUCUUAACCAAGCAACACUGAAACGAGAACCAGGAAGCUUGUCCAGUGCAAUUUUCUUGGUUGCCGGCACUACUGUAGGUGCGGGAAUACUCGCGAUUCCUGCAGUAACACAAGAAUCUGGAUUUCUGGCUUCUGCUGUCGCUUGCAUUCUUUGCUGGGUUUUCAUGGUUGUAACAGGUCUGCUUGUUGCUGAAGUGAAUGUGAACACCAUGUGUGAGUUGGGUUCUGGAGGGGUAUCUCUGGUGUCAAUGGCGAAGAGGACUCUUGGCUCGGCCGGAGUUCAAGUCGCUUGUUGGUCGUACAUUUUCAUUCAUUACGCGCUUCUAGUUGCGUAUAUUGCUCGAUCUUCUGACAUCCUCACAAACUUUCUCGGCAUCCCCACGUGGGAGAGUGCAACUCUCUUCUCGUUGGUUUUAGGAGGCAUUUGCUUCUUCGGAAGCCAGCGAUUCAUCGGUGCAGCCAAUGGAGUUCUGGUGAUUGGGAUAGUCACUUCAUUCGCGGCACUCGUGGCAGUAGCGAGCGGAGGCUUGCACUGGGAGGCUCUUCUCAAGGCUAACUUUGAAGCUGUUCCCAUGAGUAUACCCAUUGUCGCCCUCUCGUUCGUCUACCAGAAUGUGGUGCCUGUUCUUUGCACGAAUCUUGAAGGAGACCUGUCGAAAGUAAGAACCGCGAUUAUUCUUGGCACAGCCAUACCUCUUGGCCUGUUUCUCGUGUGGAACGGCGUAAUUCUCGGAUCAAUCAUGGAUUCUGCAGUGGGCGAGAAGAUGAUCGAUCCUCUCGAGCAGCUGAGAUCGAGCAAUGGGCUUGUGGGUCCAAUAGUUGAAGCAUUUUCUCUUCUUGCAAUAGCAACUUCAUACAUUGGAUUCGUCUUAGGCCUCUCGGAUUUCCUCUCCGACCUACUGAAACUCCCGGUCGGUCAGAACAAGCCUCUUCCAUACAUCCUAACGCUGGUUCCGCCUCUUGUGCUGUCCCUAUUGGACCCGGAAAUCUUCUUCAAAGCUUUGGAUUUUGCUGGAACCUAUGGAGUUUUGGUGCUGUUUGGGAUUCUGCCGGCAGCAAUGGCGUGGUCGGAUAGGUACUCGGGCUCAUCGAUAAGGAUGCCGGAACUCGUCCCUGGUGGAAAGCUCACCCUUUCGCUCGUGAUGGGAGGCGCCGGCUACGUUAUCCUUUCUGAAUUAGUAGACAACUUCACACGACAACUAUAGGUCAAAAAAGAAAAUGUUUUCUUCACUGGAAAGUUACCACAUCUGUAACAGAAAUAUGCACUUUGGUAAGAUCUUAGAAAUUGUAACAGAAACUAGUUAAUGACACAAGUCACACAACACAGUUACUUUCAUAUA